AUGGCGACAUUGAUCGCCCUGAACGAGACGAUCUAUGGGAUCGUGCAGGAAGGUCUGCCGGACAGCUCUGUGCAUCGCAUCAAUGGGAACGUGAAGUUCCUCUGGGAUCACUGCGACGUGUUCCCCGCUGCGGAGUUCUCUGUGUUCUCCAUGGAGGUUCUGGCGGAUGCCAAAGACCACCAGAUUUAUCUGCGCGACUUGGCGAUCUACCACAAGACCCACGGCUCUGGCCUUGAAUGGCACGAGAUCUGCAACAAGGUCUACUUCCCGGCGGACUACGUGAAGCCGUGGCUCAUCUGA